AUGACGAAGGGACGCGACACGACAGCACAGUGCGCAAACAGCGGUCUUCGUAGUAGCAUACCGACGUGCAAACGAAAGCGGAGGAGCAACGAACGCGCUUCGACUGCGGAUAGAGCAGAUAAGAAACUGAAGAGCUCUCCCAUGUCGUUGUGGCUCUCUGCUAAUACUCAACGCCAACAGCACUCUGACCGGUUGACCACUGCUGUUACUACUACUACUACUACUACCGUUACCCCUGAGCCGAGAGCUGUGCAUUCGUAUCGAAAUCGGACAAAUUUCUUUUUGUCUCCGGGUAAAGUCCAGCCCGUCGUCACGCAAUCGUACAUUGAUGUCGGCCAGCGCAGCUUUGGCAACCACGUGGUCUGUCCCACGUGCAAACUGCUAUACACUGUAGGAGAAGAAGAAGACGAGAAGGAGCACGAGAAGUUUUGCAGACGCUCGCAACACGGUGUUGCUUUCUCCAAGUGGAAAACCGAGCGCGUGUUGAAAUCGUUUCCAGAGACCGGCGCGAGGAUUGUGGAGAUCCGACGAGACGACGCAAGUGCUCAUGUGAAGAAGCUCUUGGAAAUCAAGGCCGUGCUGGAUGAUGCACUGGGGUGUUGUGACAAAGAGACGUUUCUGCAGCGCAGUCAUUUUAUCUACAUCCAAGACCAUCGAGUAGUUGGUUGUGUCAAUACUGAGAGCAUUACAGAAGCAUUUAGGUUGGAUACGAGUACGUCGUCAGUCGUGGCGAAUUCGGACGGGGAGAGCUGCAUAGCUGGACGCGGCGCUCUUACUGCGUCUAUCAUGUCGCAAAAGGCACUUGUCGGUAUUUGCCAGAUUUGGGUGCAUCCGCAGUUCCGAAGGAAGUGCAUUGCGACUCGAAUGGUGGACGUUGUGCGCGAAAAGUCAAUCUAUGGCAUGCACGUUGCCAAACAGCUCAUUGCCUUUGCGCAGCCUACCGAGAACGGUCUGCAGUUUGCAAAGAAGUACGUGGAGCCGUGCGAGAUGCUUAUGUAUUGA